AUGGAUUUGAAUUCACCAAAAAAUUCAACAGAAUCUCACUCAGCAGAUUCUGAAAAUGAAAAGGCAUUGGUUGUGGAUACCGGAGCAUACUGUCGUUCCACUUAUCUGGAUAAAUCAGGCUGUAAAAUAUACGUGACUAGCGGAAUAAAGUCGGAGAUUGAGAAAUAUAGGCAAAAGAACCCGUUAGAAUCUUCAAUUAGAACUGUAUACACUCCAAUUGUUCGUGAACCAUCUCCAGAAGAUGUUUCCUUUGUGAGGAAAUUUGCAAGUUUAACAGGAGAUUUGCCAUUUUUAUCUAAUAAUGAUAUCGGAUGCAUAGCCCUUACAAGGAGAUUGCAGAUAGAGACAGGAGAUUUGUCCCCGUUGAGAGAAGCUCCAAUGACUCUUAAAAUCGACAAACAGUCAAAUAAUUCCAAGAAUAAAUCUAAAAAGGAACUGAAUCACAUUGGCUUUGACUGCUGGAUAGGGACACAUAACGUUAAUAGUUACAACAUUCAAGUCAAGAAGUCCAUCGCAAAAAGCGUCUCCUGUAUGACUACAGACUUUGCCAUGCAAAAUGUGCUCAUUCAAAUGGGUCUAAACGUUGUUACUCUGGAUGGUUUUGUAGCUAAAUCCAUUAGAAGAUGGGGGCAAAUGUGCAGGUCAUGUUAUGAAGUGUAUCCUAAUACGUCUAGACAGUUUUGUUCAAAAUGCGGUAACGCAACAGUUGAAAGAGUCCCAAUAACAGUAGACUCAGAGACAUCAGAAAUCAUAGCAAGGGACACGAGGAAGUGGAUUAAUACCAGAGGAACUAUAUAUACACAACCUAAGCCCACAACAGGGAGAAUAGAUAAGCCGUACAUUACUGCAGAAGACCAACUUUUAAUGCCCGCAUUUAAGAAUUACAUGAGAAACGUCAAUCGCAAAAAUAAAGAUGAUCCAUUAUCACACUUUUAUGCCGAAGAUACUAAGGAAAAUAAUAUAUCGUCAUCAAAUCAAUUUACAACCUUCACUAAUGUUACUAUUGGAUUGGGAAAGGGGAAUCCAAACUCAAAUCGCUGGGUUCAAAGACAUAAACGCAGUUUAAAAUCUAAAUAA